UAAAACAGCACGUUUUAUUAAAAAAUUAAGAUUCUUUUUGUAUUUAAACUGUUUAAGCUGCAUUAAACACAAAUAUGGGUCGCACAAAUCGUUCCCGCAAACGACGAGAUAAGAUGAAUUUGAUUAAAAAAGCUCGCUAUGAAGCCAAAGAGCUAAUACGUUUGAAAAAAACAUUAGGAUUAAUGGAAACCGUGGUAGACAACUUAGAUGAAGUAUCAACAGUUAAAACUGGCAAAGAACUGAAGAAGCAGGAAAAGAAAAGUAAGGAGGAAGAGGAAUUGGAAUACGAAAUGGAGGAGGCACGGGAAAAGGGGCAGAAUGUGACAAUAGUGAACGAGAAAAAUGGGAAGUGCCAUAUCUACAAUACCAAAACGUUAAAAGAUCAGCAUGGCUCCUAUCCGCCAUGGUUUAAGCCGAAGAAAACCGCUAAACGCAUGCGUAAGAAGGCUCAUGCUCAAAAGAAAAAAUUCAAGCAAACUUGGACCGUCACCAAUGUACCGCUGUAACAUAUACAUUAGGUUAACGUGUUAGGAUUUGUUAAAACUGUGUUGUGAAUCUACUUUUACAGCAAAUGUUUUUAAGAAAUAAAAUGUGAUUUUUUAAAUUUUAGGAUUAACUUGGAAUGUGUCUGUUACUAGGUAAUAGGCAUACGGUUUUAUAGUUAGUGAAUAAAUGAAGAAAUAAAAAUAUUAGGCAGGAUGCACCCUUGAAGAAGUUUUUCAGAAAACUCCCCUCAAACACUAAACAGCGUGUUUACGUAAAUUGACAUACAAGAUGCAGUCUUCGUAGGUGCUUCAUAUCGAUAUUAAUAUUU